AUGCCCGACAAUGGCAUGACCGCACUGCUGAAUCUCAACCUGGUCUACAUUUGUGCAUCAGUCCUCUCCGACUCGCCGCGGGCUGCGUAUAAGUAUGCAGCUAUAGCGUUUUUGUUUUUCUCUCUCACUCGUACAUCAUCACACUGCUCACGAAUCCUGUCUCAUACAAUACGCGUCAACAACGAGAAAUAUUCAACGAUGGGCCUUUUUGCUCUGGCGAUUCUGGCCGGCGCAGUCGGCGCGGCUCAUCGUGGACUGCCACACGAGUCAACGUCACCUCGGUUCGUUGCUCAGCUGUCCGCGUGGGACGACAGCCCGCGGGGGUUUCUGUUCCGUGGCGACUCGCAACGUCCCGAGGUUGUGUUCCACGACGGCCUCCAGUCCCCCGGCACAAAUCUGGUAUCGCUCAGACGGAGUGCCACCUCGGCUGUUCACUACGCCGACGGCGACGGGGCAAGGGCGGCAGAGCAGGGCGCCGAUAGCUACCUGUACGUUGUCUCGCCAGAGGGCCUGGCAAACUCGACUGCAUACUACUAUCCCAACACGACUGCUCCCGUCCACGAGGUGUCCACGCUCGUCGUCAACGGCAGUCUGGGCCCGGAGACGAUUGUCGGCGUCUACACGUUUCGCGCCCUACCGGACGAGCAGUACCGAGUGCAGCAAUGGCUCGCCAAUCCAAACUACGAGUACCAAGACAGGAGCCCUUACGCCUCGCACGGCCGCUCGUGCCUGGAGUGGGCUUGCCCACGCGCCAGACACUUGGCCUCUACGCUGUGCAGCGGCAUCGUGUCCUGCUUCAGGUCGAGGGGGCCCGAACUAGAGCCCAGAGCGUAUCUGGAGGAGUCUCAGGAGGUUCACAUGCUCUACCCGCGGCGGGUACAAUGUGUCUCCAAGCAAGUGAUGAAGCAGCUUUUGCCUGCAGAAGACGCAAAGUCCCCGGUCGCGGCUCAUCAGCCGGGCCCCCAGACAGGCUCGAUCGUCAAGCAUGCCGAGGAAAUAUCACAAAAAGAGUUUGACCGCCUCGUCAAGCAGCACAAGUUGGACGGCGUCGUGGCCAAGGUGUCCAAGACCGGUUCGGACGCGCGGAAACUAUUUGCUGAAUACCAGCCGCUGAGCGAGAAGUCUCCAAAGCUACGUCCUGCCCUCGGCGCUCUUGCCAAGGGGUCUCUCGCAGUGCUUGCAGGCGGCGCAUGGGUCGCCGAUGUCGUCGACGCCUUCGUACACAACGUCACUGCCUUGCGUAGAGUCAACGCCGUGGCCCAAGGUGUCCCGUUGGCAGGCUGCGCCACUGCGGUGGCAGCCGGUGUAGAGAGCAAAGAGAGUGCCGCCGCCCUUGGAGUCGACGCGGGCUUUUGCUUCCUCGGAGAUGCCUUCCUCUUGAGCGGUGCCCUGGCCCCUGUCGGCGUUCUCGUUCACUUGCUUAGAGCCGCGCUGCAUCUUUAUGGCCCUCCUCCGGAGCCGCCAUCCCUAGAGGAGAUGAAAAAGUCGCGAGACGAGCAGUGGCAGGAUUACCUGAAGAAGGGUCUGUUCACGUAUGUGUACUCGCAUGAGAGCCUCCGAAAAGAGGGCAACUUCGCGAGCAAGCUGGAGUAUGCCUUUGCGGCCGAGGACAUCAUGGUCAUCUCGGAGGGUGCUCAGGAGAUAGGAGUCCUGCAGGCGACCAGCCAGGCGGCUGGCCCUGACGAAGACAACAAACAAGCCCAAGCUGGCUCCCAAAACGCCACGGAGGGGAUUCGGCGGGCCAUUUCGGAUGAGAUCAGGCGCAGGAGGCAAGAGGCGUUGCUGGAUUUGCCAGCCAUGAUUGUUGACAAGUCGGCCGCCUCGAUGAAGGCCACCGCCAAGGAGCUGAACGACAAGCUUGCCAAAGACCUCAUUUCUCACGAGACGCUCGUCAAGUACACCGGGCUGGAGGUGGAAAAACACGUACCAGACCAGGGGCGUCGUCCAAGCCAAGAAGCGCGGAUCGAGUCUCUCAAGAAGAAAAUGGCCAGCGUUGGAGAAGACUUGGAAAAAGACAAACCCGCCGAUUCCGAGCUCGUUUGA